AUGAGGUUAUUACUUGCCCGACUUGCUGUGCAUCAAAUCACCCGUCUCGGAAGAGUUGUUACCGUUGUCGAGGACGGUUAUCCUCUGAUAAGUGGUGCUGUGGAGCCUGUGGCUCACCCGAGAAUGGGAAGCAGGCUCGGCGAUGCGAGGCAUGUGGGAGUUCCGCGGGAGUACAAUAUGAAAGAGGUGACAUGGAUUUGUGAUGUAUGUGACACAGCAGUGGCCACCGGCGGUGCUUUGCCGGAGCGCACGCAGUGUCCUCGCUGUUGUUCUGAGCGUACUGAUCGAAGUUUAUGCUUGCCCAGUCGUUGGCGCUGUCAAGGUUGUGGUGUGGUGAACGUCUAUGCCCUCCCCACCUGUUUGGAGUGCGGUGUUAAGCGUGUGUUGGAACAUCUACAUACCCGCAUUACCUGCUCCUCGUGCUUCCGUGUAACGUUUUUGACGGAGCAGGAGCAGUGUAGCAAAUGUGGCGCAAACUUGUCGUCAAUCAUCAACGAGGCGGGAACCCCAAUUUCUCUAUCUGGUCUCUCGUCCCUUCUUGCAGUUUUUCCUCCUCCCAAUUCCCCUGCAGAUGGGCCUGCGCCAAGAAACUGUGCUGUGGAUAAUAAUUCUAUGGUAGGGAGAGAAACAGUAUCCUUCUCUUCUUCUACCCAUGACAGCACGUUGACAGCGAAGCAGUAUGAGGGUGACCAACUGUAUGAAGCAAGGCCUUCUGUCGAGAAGAGGACCAACCUGGAGUUGGCCCUGGGUGGGCGCGUGGGAACCACCUCCACCUCCACCUCCACCUCCACCUCAGUCCCUUCUUCUUUUUCCUCAUCUAUGGCAGGGGCGGUGGCAGCAGCGCGAAUGUCAUCGCUUAGCUCGAGUAACACUGGCGGGAUAAACGUCUCGAUUGGGGAAUUGGAGGCGAUGGCGGUGGAGGAAAAUGAGGAGGAAGAGGAAGAAGAGAUGGAUUUGGAAGGGACGGGGUGGAGCAUCGAAAUUCCAUCAUGGAUGUGUGGGAACUGCGAGACCACAAAUCUCGAAGAGGCUGAGAUGUGUGUGUCCUGUGGUAUUCGCCGCGGCGACGAGUAA